GCGAGGACCUUUCCUAUUACAGUCGCACCCUACAGCGUUUUAAACGCGAUAAUAUAUCUUCAACGUUUGAAGCCUUAAAAACUUUUGACUGUUACUGUGUCAAAGCUCCCGUUACUUUGCGUUUCCUUGUUGCGUUUAGUUUACACUAACCAUCUCCCCGUUAGUCGUUGGAUUAAGAAUCAAGAUGCAGCCGCAGAGGUUGAAGAAGGCGAUAACUGAUAACCCUAAGAAGCUUGGGAAUUUGAUUGACCUCGUGAACCUUCCAUCUACUCUACGUGAGUUUCUUGGUCAGUCUCAGAGUUCUCGUCUUGGUUGUUUCAUGCGUGUCUGGUCUUAUAUCAAGACCAACAAUCUUCAGGAUCCAAAGAACAAGAAUGUGGUUAACUGUGAUGAGAAGCUGAAGAGCAUUUUGCUUGGGAAGCAGCGAGUGGAGCUUGUUGAUCUUCCUUCUCUUAUCAAGUUGCAUUUCACCAAGACACCAAAGUCAAAUUAGCUGAAGAGCAUUUAUCGUUUGUUUGUUUUCAUAUCUUUAUGGUUUGCAUAGAGAGAUACGAGUGGCUUCAACGUUUCUGUUUUCUGGAUCAAAUUCCAUUGCUCUCUGUCUGGUGUUGACCUGAUGUCUUUAUAACAUCAAAUUGUCAUCUUUUAAGUACUUACACAAACAUAUAGU